UGGAGUGCGUAGGUGCUGUCGACCUCUCACGUCUCCUCUCGAUCGGUGGAUCUAGCGUGUUACGCCGAGGACAGAAAACAAAUCCGAAAUGAAUUUUAAGGGCCGAUCCAGCUUCUUUUACAUUGUUGUGGUGUGUUUCUGUGUUGUGUCUGCUAAAAAUGUGGAUAACGUCCGAUCCAAAAGGACCGCCGGUUCGGAGAAGAGUUGCGACAAUGUGAAGCAGUUCUUUUCUUUGAAAAACAUCUCCGUAUCAUCACCUGACGGACCGAAAGGCAGUAUAUGUAACGGUCAGUGCUGCGACGACAAGACCGAGGCGCUCCUGAGAAAGCAGGGCCAGCGAGAUUUCGCGGCCCUCCUGCGACACAACUCGAGGUCGCUACAGGGACUGCUCAACUCAACUGCAGCGACAUUACAAAAUCACGUCUCCGAACUGGCGCGUCAAUCAGAGAAUAAAACUUUGCUCCUAUUCUCCCAGGUGUAUCGGAGCAUGGCGGUCCUAUCAAGGGAGCCCAUAGAGAAUUUAUACAGGGACAUCCGGAAUUACAUCAGCGUCAACACGUCGAUACAGGAGAAACCCUCGUCUACCCCGGAAAAAAUCGCCGCCAGCGUGACUCUGUUCUUCACCGACUUAUUCCCGUUGGCCUACCAUCACUCCGCAGACAUAUCCAACAAAGAUUUCACCACGGAGUACAAGGAAUGCUUGAAGAAAUCCAUCGAGACCAUAUCACCCUUCGGGGACAUACCCAAGCAAAUAUCCCAGUCACUUUCCAAGAGCUUGGAAGCUACCAGGAUGCUCCUACAAGCGUUCCACACCGGAGCGGAAGUCUUGAACACGACAGACACACUUCUGAUAGACGAGCACGGGACGAGUAACACGGAAUGCCACGACGCCCUGGUGAGGAUGACGUACUGUCCGAAAUGCUUGAGUAUGAAGGAUCAUACUAAGCCAUGUUCCGGAUAUUGCUUGAACGUAGUGCGGGGUUGUAUCGCGAAGUACGUAGCGGAAUUGGACUUGCCGUGGAACGGGUACGUGGAGGGUAUCGAGAACCUCCUCGGCGCCAUGAGGAGGAGCAACAACGACGCGGGGGUUAACGCGGACAUCGUUAUCAGGAAUUUGGAUACAAAGAUAUCCGCGGCCAUCAUGAAGUACAUGGAGAAGGGCAAGGAUAUUGACACAAGGGUGAAAAGGAGCUGUGGACCGGCCGAUUUUUCCCAAAAAGCAGACCCCCUGAUCGCCGAAAGCAAUACCUCCACGCCGGCCACCCCCAACGGCAAGCCGCGGUUGACCAACCCCAGGAAUUUCUCGCCUCUGCCGGAGAGCGAGCUUUCCCAUUUUCUCACCUCGAUCGCCAAAACUAGGGGUUUUUAUGCUAAUCUCGCCACGACGCUCUGCCAGGACGAAUCCUUUGCUGAGCCCAAAGAUCAGCAAUGCUGGAACGGCGAACGGAUCGCAGAAUACACGAAAACUGUAGUGGACGUAGGUUUGGACAUGCAGAAGUAUAAUCCAGAAGUUAAGCCAAACGCAAAUAUACAAAGUGUUAAUCCAAGAGUAGCAAGCUUGGUUGAUAAAUUGAGACGAGUUCACCACAUGGCCGUCAAUUCCCUUGGGCCAAAUUAUUCAGAUGCUGAUUACAUGCAAAGGGAUGGAGUAGACGGAUCUGGAUCUGGCAGUGGUCCUGACAUUGAAGAUGAAGAUAGGGACGAAGAGUACAUGAGAGGCUCUGGAUCUGGAGAUGGACCCAACCAUGAUGACACCCAGGGUCCUGUUGUAUCAAGGAUCGAUCUAAAUUCAAAUCGACCCAAAGUGCACACCAGUCCUCCAACUGUCAUCGUCACCGGUGGAAACAAGUCUCUCAAGCCGUCAACGCUUAUACCUUUAUUGCUAUUUGUUUUUAUGCUAUUUUCUAGGAUUAACUAAGAGACAAUGUGUAAAAAAAUAGACUUUCGAAGUGAGAGAUAUGAAAUUAUUGGAUAAAUGAGAGCAAGUUUUUUUUUAAAUACCGUUAAAAGUUUCGAGGGAACGUAAUAAAAUUUCACCAGAAUGGUGCCAUUCUUAGAUUAUUCAGUACUUGUCGCUUUUACAAACAAACAAAAGCAUUAAUGCUGUGACAACAAAAUUCUCAGAAUAUAGAAGGUAGAUAAAGUCAAUAUUAGUUUCUGUGCAGAAAAGAACUUUUCAAUUCAAAAGUUCGUUAAAAAAUCAUUUGCAUAAAUAGUAUUUAGUGGCAAAUCAUAAAUUUGUAUGAUUUUAAUAAAAUAUUCACAUAUCCAAUAUUUGUGCAUGAAUUUUUAGAAUUUUGUUGUCCGCUAUCACAAAAAAUUACUUACUGUGUGUAAUAGGUAGUAUCACAAUCAUGUCUGUGUAAAAUCAGAAUCAACUAGUAUAUAUAGCUCUGGCGAAUUGUAUAUAAGCUGUUUGUUGGAGUCUUACAUGAGACUGUUUUCUAGCUGUUAGGAUUUAUUUUCAAGUUGCCAAUUUAGAAUAUUUAACAAACCAGUACAGUGCUUACCUACUUGCCUAAAAGGUAAACUUUCUGUAAAUCGCAACUUUUUGUAACUGUACAUAAGUACUUUAACAGAAACCCUUAUUUUUUGGGCAUUAGUUGAUGUAUUAGAGCAAUCAUUCUUUUCUUGGUUGAAUCGUAUUCAUUAAAAAUCUGUCAUAUCAGUCGAUGUCCCUAGAGCUCUUUGGUUCACGCAACAUAUUGAGGUUUUUUCCCAUUGUUAGUAAUUCCGAAAAUGAUAGGUUUGCACAUCAUUUUACUAGUGUAAUUUUAUUAAUAUGAAAGGAAAAUGAACUGAUCGAAGAAUAUAUCACUUAGAAUUAAUUCAAAACUGCUGACGAUGAUGAAAUGAUAAAAUUGUACAGGAUAGGCCAAUUUUGACAUUUUUAGAGAGUUUUUCAUGUUUCCCGAGAAAAUAGAAAAAAGAUAGGUUUGAGCCCGAUUUUCAGAAAAAAAUUAAAAGGUAACUGCACCAUGACUCGUUUGAAAGGUACAGGGUGUUUUUUCAUUUUUGACAUUUUUGUUCUGACAUGAAUGACUUUCUGAUUUGUGAAAAUUCUUGUGUAGAAUCCAGUGGCUUUUUCAGUAUUUAUCUAUAUUUUUUUAAGUUACGAUGCUAACUUACAAUUUUUUUAAUUUGUCUAAAAUUUUGCAAAUGAUGAGUCAUACAUUAUAUUUAAACAAUACAUACGAGGCGGGGCCCAAAAAUAACCGAAGACCAUUUUUAAAAAAUACAUAAUUUAUUUUUGCGGAUUACAAACGUUAAUCACCUUCGAAGUAUUCUCCAUUAAUACUAAUACACCGAUCAAACAUUUUUUCCACUGCGCGAAACACCUUUCAUACUUUUUCCGAUACCUUGCAGUGCCAUCUUCAAUUGUCAUUUCACCUCCAGAAUGUCUGCAAAACGAUUCAUUCCUGGUGAUGAUUUUGUUGAAAAAGGUUCUAGCCUACUUCCAAGGAGUCCAAUCAACAAGCCGGGGAUGAAUUUCGCUGCUAUUCGUCCCAUUUGCAAAUCACAAAACAUCAUACAAUUCAGCAGGUACAUUAAUAGUACACCUUCUGUCCUCCUACACAAGCGCACACAUUUUUCCAUCUUUUCAUCAGUUCUCGAUCUGGAACCCCAACCUGGGGGUUAAUAUACAUAUCAACCAUGUCUGAUGCAUUUUUACCGAGAAGGAAAUAAAAUUUGCAUUUUAAAAAAUCGAAAAAGUCAAAAUAGUCGGCAGACUGAUUCAGGAGUGAUUAAAUAAUACCCAUCCAGCAGGCGAAGCCCGAACUACAAGAGUGGCGCUUGCAGCAAAUUUUUUUCUAUUAUGUUUGGAUUCCCCUUCGUAAGUAUUUUGAAGGUAGACACCAAAAAUUAUUCUUUUGUAAUUUAACACUGUUCUCCGAUAUACUUAAUUGUUCGUGGGUGUAUCUGGUCUCAUGUAUUCAUGAAUAAAAGAAAUUCAUGUACACUUAAUUGCAUCGUAAAACAAUUGAAUUGUUAAAAUAAGUUUUGGUGCCUAUUUCAAAAAAACUUUUUUUGUGUAAAUAUCACAUAUAACGUGUGAUGGUAGGGGAAAAUUGAAGUGGUCACAUUUUGUUAGACCCAUAAAAUUUUUUAGGGGAUAAUUUCCAGGCCCAGAUAACGAACGUUUAUGAGGUAUAAUUUCAGAACAAACUUGUGAAAUAAAAUAUGAAAUUAGGGAUUACUGACCUCGAGAUCUCCAAAAUGACCUCAUAUGUAUUCACAAAAUAUAUUUUUUCAUAUUUAACUGAAAGGUUCGACAUCACGAAAAAUGAUCAAAAAUUAAAAAAGUCCUAUGUCAAACGAAAUCGAUACUGAAAUGCGAUAUUCUUAACUCUUUUGUUUUUCUUCUCGGGAAAUGUAACAAAUCCAUCAAAGAUGUAGAAAUUCGCUUCCGUUUCUAAAAAAACGUCAAGUUUUCAUACAAAAACUUUCAGAUUAUGUUUCUUCCGAUCUUCAACUGAAAUUUAGUACCCUUUCAGAAAACUUUCAAACUAUUUGAAAAUAUCGCAAAUUACUGAAAAGCAUUAUAGAAUUAAGUAACUAAGAAUAGUUAAACAAGUUAAUGCUUGAACAUAUUCACAGUUAUAACGUCAUUGAUCUUGCAAACGGGUGCAAGCGGCAAAAGGAAAAUUGACCAGUCUCUUUUGGAAUUAAAUCCUUACACAUCACACAUAUAACAAAAAAAUCGUGUGUAAUGACUUUUUUGUAUAUAUUGCUUUCCUAAAAAAAUAUUCAAAUAGCACUUUUGGCGCUUACACCGCUUUGCAUGAUCGACGACUGUGAAUGAAAAAAAAAAGCCGCUCGAAGUUUUAUAUUCUUUCCUGCAUGUAUACUUCAAAAUGAAUAAAGGUUGUGAUUUAAAAAUGGUGCAAGAAAUUAGUUCGGGAUAUGUAACGAGGCAUGUAAGAAAAUGAUUAAAGCAAUGGAAUUAAGUUUCGAUAACUUUGUGCACAUUACAAAACUGUCACUAUGUUGUGUGAACAGAUUAAUAAACACUAUUCUUUGUAUGAUAUACUAGUUCUAGGUUCAACAAUUAAUUUCUCAAAAACGCUUGACUAAGCUUUAUAAAUUUAAUAAUCUAUGUCAAAUUAGAGGUGAACUAUAAAAAUUUUGUAAGUCAUACAAAAUGUCCAUUGCAUCUUGACCUGCCACUUAAAUUCUUCCACACGUAAAAUCAGGUACACGAUUUUCAGAUUUUCACAUAUUUGGACAGAAUUUAAAUGGUGGCUAAUAAACCCCUGCGAAUGUCGUGUACGGAUGAAUGAGUGUAGAUAGUUUUCUUAGAUAUAUAUAUUGUAUUCUUUAAAUUAUUUUGAGAAUUGUCUGUGAUUGAUCUAUUUUAUUAUUUAAUUAAUAUAAAAUUAGGUAUCCAAAUUAUAUCAUUUAAAUUUGUUAACGAAUGUUAUUAACGCAUUUUGCUAGUGAAGGUUUCAUUAAAAUAUUAUUAAUUGUUAUGGUUAAAGUUAGUCUACAUUUUUAACAAAAUUACAAGAUUUCUGUCAUAAUAUGCUGUCGUAUUGAUUGGAGAAGAUAAAAUGAUUUAAUUUCAAUAAAAUAAAACAUUUUGUAUAUUUUUGUUUUAUUACUGUACUGUAGGUAUGUUAUAACAAAUGGAGUAAAAUUAUUGUUAGUCUACAAUUAAUGGUGGUUGUGUUUGAGAGCUAGUAAUUUGUUUUUUACUACUAAAUUAUAUGUAUAGUAUUUUUUCAAUUUUAUAUUUUAUGAAACCUUAAUCUCUAAUUUUUUUUUAGAUCAAAGUAUAUUAACAUUGUACAGUUAAAGUUUAUCGUAAAAGUAUAUAAGAUAUAGUUAACAAAAAAAAAUUAUAUAUAUAAGAUUUCUGAUGUUAUAUCUUCAGUGUAUAACAUGUAGAUAGCAGCCAUAUUUAAAUAGGUCUUCUUAUAAGAACUUCUUAUAUAAUUUAGUUUACUAUUAUAAAGUGUUAUGAUUACUUUUGAUUUUCAUCAGCUUUGCCAUGUUUUUAUCUAUUUAUUAUUUUAAUAACUGCAUAUCAUAAUUAAGCAAUAAAUAAUGGGGUCAUACUGGAACACAUAAUAAUAAUUAUGUGGAAACUGCUCACUAAUAAAAUUUUUCAAUUUUUAAGAAAAUGGUCAACUAAUUACUAGUCUUUAGCUUUGUAAUAGCUCAUAAUUUUUUAUUACAUAAAAAUCAUGUUUUUUUAUCCAACCUUUGUAAUACAAGCCUUUAUUUUGGUAGAAAUAAAUUGAUAGUUGCAUUUUUUAAA